AUGGAUCCCUCCUGCCCGGAAUCCAACCCCACAGGCCAAGAGUGCGACCCCGAAGGCCUCCACUUCGACCCUGCCAGCCAAGAUUAUUUCUCCACCAAGCAAGAGUUGGACUCUCUCUACCAAGAAUUGGACCUGGACUCCCUUAAUGAGGAUCUCCUUUUGCACGCUAUGCCAGACACCAUGGCAGAGGCCCCUGUGGGCACAUGUGAAUCCCACAUGACUUCUGAACCAGAGGAUCUGACGGAGGCUCGGCAAAAGGAGCUCAAAUCCGAGCUCACUGAAUUGGAAGCAGAAAUUGUAACCCUGCGCCACAUGCUCGCAGCCAAAGAGGGACACUGCAGGGAGCUCAAGAGGAAGCUGGGCGUCACAGCCUUCGUAAGGCUGAGGCAGAAUCUGUCCAAGAGCUGGCAUGAUGUUCAGGUCUCCAAUGCCUGUGUGAAACAAACGACGUCAGCUGCCCUGUCAACUGUGGGCUCUGCCAUCUGCAGGAAGCUUGGACACAUGAAAAAGUCAGCCACGUUCAAAUCUUUUGAAGGUCUGAUGGGAACAAUCAAGUCCAGAGUCCCUGGUGGCAGAGAGAUUGGCAGUGACUGCCUUCCUUCUCCAGCGGGGAGUGAGAAUGAUCCACACCCAGCUCAAGGGAAAGGCUUUCUUUCUCUGUCGGCUCUGGAAGAAGGUCCUCGUCUAGCCAAAGGCGCCACGACUACGGAAGGCCCACAAACGGGAACGUCCGGUCGGGGCGCAGCUCUGGGGCGGCGGCACCGCUGUCUCCACGGCCAGAGGCGCGAGCGGGAGCGCGGCGGCCCGGGAGGACGACCUCUGCAGGCCCCGCGGCCUGUGAGCCUGGGGCCGCCACCUCCGCCCGCCGCGGGCAAAUCCAGGGAGCGGAUUUUCACGCUCAGGGUCACUCGGGGACGCGUUCGCGACGCGGAAGAGGCCGUGGGCCCUUUUUCGCGCGGCCGACCCCGCCAGGCCGCGUGCACCGCGCUCACUUCACUCUGCGCUUUCUGA